AUGAUUUCUACGGAAGAGACAUGCAGGAUUGAAAAUAGCAGACACACAAAGCCGGCUUCCACAACUCGACAUUUACGAGUAGAAAAAGAAAAAUUGCCGCUGGAGUUCUCAGGAUACAACAAGUUGCGUACCUUGGUGUUGAAACUUUCACUACCCGAUAGCAGCCUCUUUGAAAUACUAAGAAGCAUUCGCGUUCUGGUUGUAAGUUGGUGUGGCUUGCUGGAGUUAUCUGAGCAUAUUGGUAAAUUGAUUCACCUCCGUUAUCUUGAUAUAUCAUAUUCUAAAAUUAAAAUUUUGCCUGACUCAUUAUGUGACCUUUAUAAUUUGCAAACACUGAAGGCAGAAUAUUGUUAUGAACUAGAGUCCAUACCACAAGAAUUGGGUAAAUUGGUCAAUUUGAGACACUUUGAUAUAUCAAACAAUUUUAAAAUUAAAAUUCUGCCCGACUCAUUGUGCGACCUUUAUAAUUUGCAAACACUGAAGGUAAAUGGUUGUUCUGAACUAGAGUCUAUACCACAAGAAUUGGGUAAGUUGGUCAAUCUGAGACACAUUGAUGCAGAUAAAAAAAUUUGGUUGAUGAUAAAGGAUGUAUGGAGACUAACUAAUCUUCAAGAAUUGCCAACAUUUAGUGUUCGAGAGGAUGAUGAACUCAAACUUGGACAACUAAAGGAUUUGACACAGCUUCAUGGAACACUUUGUAUUCAAAAUCUUGAGAAUGUUGUUGAUGGCAAAGAAGCACAGCGGGCUAAGUUAAAGAGCAAAGUCCACCUAAAAGAAUUGGGGUUGGAAUGGAAUCUGAGAUUGGAUGGUGCUAAGGAUGCCAAAUUGGACGAGGAAGUAAUUGAAGGUCUGCAGCCACAUGAAUCACUCAAAAUAUUGACAAUUAGAUGGUACAAUGGAGGUAGGUCGCCUAGUUGGUUGAUGCCAAAAGUUCUACCCAAUUUGGAAAAACUUGAAUUAGAAAAUUGCAUGGAGUGGGAUGACGUUCUGCCAUUUAUUUGUCAACGUUUGCAUCUAAUUGAACUUCGCAUGACCGGCAUGCCUGCUUUGAAACGACUGAGUCAUGAAUUUGAAGGCAAGUGUUUUCCAAAGUUGCAAGUGCUUAAGUUAUGCAAAUUUAAAGCACUGAGAGAGUGGUCUUGCACUGAGGGCAAAGAUCUAUUUCCCUGCCUGCGUGAACUUUGUGUCAUAGAUUGUCCCAAACUAAAGAGAUUACCGCCCUUCCCUCCUUCCCUAGAAAUGUUGACAAUAGAAUGCUGUCCCAGGCUCAUAUUAAAUAGCAAAACGGAAGAUGACGAGGAAGGUGGCCGCCAUCUACCGCCGUCACUCAAGGAAUUGAAAUUGACCAACUGUGGCGAAUAA